AUGCUGCCCGUUCUGAUCGUCGGGGCGGGUCCGGUGGGACUUCUCCAGGCCCGUUUCCUUUCCAAACUCGGGGUCCCUGUAAUACUUCUUGAGCGUCACACUGCCCCUCUUCCCGUCCCCAAAGCUCACUUCCUCUCCCCUCGAUCGCUCGAGAUCUUUCGCCAAUUCGGUAUCCCAAUCAAGACGAUCAGGACAUACCCUACGAAACGCGAAGACGCGCGCAACAUCCGUUUUGUAACAGACGUCAACCUUAGUGGCGGGAGGGAGAUAGGGUGUCUGCCGUUUGAUAAUGUCGAGGUGGAUCAGCUAGGGAUAUCACCCGAGAUCCUGCAUAACAUCCCCCAGCCGGACCUCCAAAUUCUCAUACGGGGACUUCUGGAGCAAGAUGGAAAGGCGGAAAUACGCACCGGCUGGACUUGGAAGUCUUACACUGAGACCGACGACGAGGUCAUUAGCACUAUAGAGAAUACCUAUACCGGCGAGCAACAGACCAUCAGGUCAAGCUGUAUCAUUGCGGGCGACGGAACGAAUUCCAAGGUACGGCAAGCGGCAGGGAUCGAGCUGGACGAGCAGGAUGGGCCGCAAAUGAUGAGCCUUCACUUCAGCGCCAACCUCUAUCCGGUAGUCAAGGAGCGCACGGCCAUGCUGUACUGGAUCAUGGACCCGGCGGUACAGGGCGUGGUGAUAGCGUAUGAUCUCGGCGGAAACCAGGUGCUGCUGCACCAGUAUGACCCCACAAUACAUGCUCGCGAGACCUUCACACCGGAGCGAUGUCGCGAGAUCAUCCGCAUAGCGCUCGGUUGCGAUGUUCCGUUCGACUUUCUCAGCUGCGUCCCGUGGAAGAUGAAGUCGCAGGUCGCCAAGACGUAUAGCAAGAGCAAGGUCAUAGUCGUCGGCGAUUCGGCGCACAGCUUUCCACCUACCGGUGGACUGGGUAUGAACUCUGGCAUCGCUGAUGCACACAAUCUCGCUUGGAAGAUUGCCCAAUCUUACUCCUCCCCUUCCCAAAACCGCCUCUCAUCUACCCUUCAUACAUACGAAUCCGAGCGCCGUCCUGUCGGUCUCCGCAACUCUGCUAGAGCCGUCGAAUACGGCAGCAAGGUCUUCGGGCUGCUCAAAGCCCUCGGAACCACCGAUCCAGACAUCGCUACUGCGCGGAAGAACAUGUUUGAGCGAUUGGCCGAUCCAACAUGGGACUCGAAGAUAGCGGAAAUGGUAGCGGAACAGGCGGAGCAGUUCAAUUGCACCAAUUUACACCUGGGCUUUGUCUAUGAGCCUAACUGGACAUUCGAAAACCCAAGCGAGUUCGAGCCGGCUUAUCGGAAAGGAGCGCGACUGGGUCACGCUUGGGUCCGACCGAACGAAGAUCGCUUGACGGGUCUCGCCCAACCGGUCGACUUUGAGUAUAUCAAGGACGAGCUGUCGCAGGAAAAGCAGGAGAGCUGGCGGUACUCCAUACUCGACCUCGUGCCUAUCGACGCGUACCUACUCGUCUGCUCGAGUCAGUCGGCAGCAGGAAAGCAGGGGUGGACUCAGCUGGAGGAAGGCUUACGGGCUGCGGGGAAACGAGUGCGGGUCUUGGCGGCUGGAGAGGACUUCGAGUGGGUAGAGGCCGAGAUGGGUGACAGCUGGGAGAGGAGCUAUGGCCUGAACCAAGGUGGAGCGGUACUGGUCCGGCCUGACCAGCACAUCGAGGCGGUGCUGAGGGGGACGGUAGACAUCGCUGAGGUGGUAGGGAGAAUCGGGCGGUCAUUGAUGGAUAGAGAUUAG